CAUAUCGAUGAGCAUCGCAUAUAAUUUAAAGGGACUCUUCACCACGUGACGUGAAUUUGUAAUCCAUUAGAAGAUAGGAAGUACACGGAAAAGAUAUCAGAGAGGGACUAUGGUUUCUAGCAAUCAUCUAACGGAGCUGCUUAUCACAUCUGUCAUUAUCCUUGUCAAUGGUCCUGAAAUAAUUCUAAUUUUAAAAGCUAAAAAGAGCUUGUCGCUAUUCCAGGUCCUUCUUCUAAGCCUGGCUGUGACAGAUCUUCUCGUUGGGCUGUUGCAAUUUAUUCUAACGGUUCUUCAAUUAUACGAUGUUGAAAUUAAAAGCUUUAAACUGAACAGCAUUUUGUAUUUUACCAUUGCAGCAUCUGUGAAUCACGUCAAUGCGAUAACUGCUGAUCGAUUCAUAGCAAUCCGCUGGCCUUUGAAACAUAGGCAUCUAGUUUCUCGAAGGCGCAUAGCCAUCUACAUUGCGAUUACUUGGUGCAUCAGCAUUGUAAUGUUAAUGCCACUGUUCAUUAGAAACAGCAUGGAAUACGUAAAGUAUAUACUCAGCAUCGUCAUGUUUGCAUACAGUGGCGUCAUGGUCUUCGUAUACUCAUUUAUCAUCUAUCGGGUCGUUGUAGUUCGUGGUAGGGUCAUUAGCAUAGCCGCACAACAAGACAACGCAACACAAGCAAGUAAAGAUGUGCAGCUUGUUGUCGUUUCAGUCGUCCUUACGAUAACCUUUAUGAUUUGCACGGUUCCUUUUUGUGUUUGUGCGUUUAUCACAAACCAUUCCCCCAAAACAGUAAAAUACUUGUUGCUAUCCAAUUCAUUAUGCAACCCUUGCAUCUAUUUUUUCUGGAAACUGCUUCAAGCAAGAUUCAAGACACCCAGGCCUACAACGAUGCAAAUGCAAAAGGGUAUGCCACCGUGAUUUUUUUAUUUGGCUUUCAAGUAAGAUGUUAUUAUUCAUGACCACCCUUUUCAGGUACCACAAUGGGACAGAGAAAGAGACAUUUUUGAAUCACAUAUAGAUUGUUCUUGAUUGUGAAAAAUGAAGCAUCUGAAAACAGUCUUCUCAGUGCUAAGGUUAUGCUAUACUUCUUUUGUAGCAUGUAGCAUGUAGCAAGUUUCUGCAAAAGCCCUUACCUUGCUAUAAAGAGACAAGCAGAAGCUUACAGUUUUUUCUUGUAAAUUUUAUUUUACAGUAUUAUUGGUUAAACUAAAGUAGUGGAAACAUCAAUUAUAUUUUUCGUAGUACAAAAUAAGAAUAUAUUAUCAUCGUGCUGCAUUCAUAUAACCAACGUUAUUGAUUCAACAGCAGUGAACAUCAGUUUCAGUGUAUUUUCAAUCUGUUAUAUGUCAUGAAAAAUUCACUAGCGAAACUUGUUCCAUUUUCAAUACAGGAUUUCACUAUCUUUAAACGGUUUUUUUGUUUUUUUGUAUAGGAGGAGACUAAGAUUGGAUUAAAAUUGAGUUCUAAUUUUUUUAUGCAAAAAAUACAGUUUGAUGUCUGUGUCUGCUAUUCGUAGCAUUAACUGUCAAUCUGAUUAACUCAACUAACAAUAAAGAAUUAUCUAGGUAGUAAGAGUGAUAUUUUUCUUCUUUUCCAAAGAAUGUUGACAAAAUCUUUCUUGAUAAGCAUCGGCACUAAAGUAGUAGAGGGCUUGGUUUGGUUCGUAUGUGAGCUGUAGAAACAAUUCUUCUUUGUUAACAGUUAUUGUUCUAACGAAAUUUGCGUUACUUGUCGUGUUCCACAGGGAUCUGUUACCAGUCCUCUCCUUUUGCUUGAUUGCAUUAAUAGUAUUCCAAAAAGUUUUAUCUAAGUUAUCUGAUUAUUUUUGCCGAUUCCACUAACAUCUUAUUGGGUGAGAACGUUGUGACGCACUUCCAACGUUGAUAAAUGUUGAAUCCAGAAUGUUUAAGGGCAGUCUGUCCCCUAUUGUCCCCUAAACGAUUUAAACCAAUCAGAGACAACUUUGAUUCAAGAGCUUUUGAAUCAAAUAGCUGUGUUCCGUUGAAGUGAAGCUGUGGCUAGAAAAAUGUUGUUCCCUUUUUGGUUUGUGCGACAGCUAUGCCAACAGCGAAAGGAAAUGCUUAUCACCAUUCAAUUCCAGUAAUUAAAUCUUCUUGCCAUUUCCAAUGGCUUUUUGCUCGCAGUUUCAAAUGUUUUGAUAGUUCGUACCUUUAUCUUCAAUUGAGAACUAUUAACAAAAAAAUAUAUUAAAACGAUCUCACCUGUUGAUGUGUUGAGAAGACGCGUAGAGAAAAAUCGAGUUCUGUUUGCUUCAAUUCAAGAUUCCCUUACUAACUUACUCUACGAUUAUUUAUACCUUAACUCUAAAAAAAAAUCUGCUGACGAAGGAUGUGUGAGUAUGGUGUAAUGAUGAUGUGAUGUGAUGUAAUGGAGAUGGAAAGUUCUAGAUUGAGAAACGAGAGAGGCUGAAUAAGCAUGACGCAUUGUAGCAAUGUAAAGCUGAAAGAAACAGUUUAAAUUAGCAGCACUAUAAAAUGAGUAAAUACUUUAUCGCUACAAUGUCAUCCACUACCGCUGCU